CCUAUAAUUUUGCUAGUUACGUUUGAUUUUAACCUAAUCCCCUUUUAUAUAAGACUGAUCUGAUCAAUCGUUGUAGGAUCAAUUUUAACCUAAUCCCUCUUUAUGUCAACUAAUCAUUGGCGCAACUCUGAUCCGACUCCAUUGCGCAACUUCAAUCAGCAACGCGUCAAUUUUUGGUAAUAUUGUUUUUGGCGCAAUUGAUCAUCGGUGCAUCUCCAUCUCGUGAUUCUCUUAUGAUCAUCAGUGUAUAUGAGCAUUAUGAAGAUGUUCCAGUAAACGAUGAGUCAGCAUUGCUAAAGGCUGCUGCAAACCAACCUGUCACUAUAACUGUUGCUAUUGAAGCUGGUGGCAAGGAUUUCCAGUUCUACACUUCGGGCAUCUUUACGGGACAAUGUGGGACCGAUUUGGAUCACGGUGUGGUUGUGGUUGUGUAUGGCACCGAAGAUGGGAAGGACUACUGGCUAGUGAGAAACUCAUGGGCUGCAGAUUGGGGUGACGAAGGAUACAUAAGAAUGGAAAGAAAGCAUUAUUCAUCGUUAUAUCCUGGCAGAAUAGUCCAUAAUAAAAUGAUCAAUUAUUCCCAUAGAAUGCGUGAAGGAGACAUGUUGAUCAAGGGCGUGAACGUUGGAAUGAAAUGA